AUGGGAAAGAAAACGAUAUGCUAUCUUUUUAUGGUGAUUGUGUCAUAUUUCAUUAUUCAUGAUGUAGAAAGUAAGGUGUUUCAUGGAAAUUUUUAUAUGAAAAAGAAUGAAAAAAUACAUUAUUUAACAAAGUUUAGUUGCAAUAUUGGGACAUGCGAAUUUAAUGUUAAAAUGAAACUUAAAGACAAUAUAUUAGAGAAGAUGGUGCAGACUUAUUAUAAAAUGAAUAGUAAUGACUUCUCUACUAAUACAAAUAACGAAGGUAUAGCAAAUAAAAAAUUAUUUUAUAUGGAUUAUGAUAAUUCAUAUUAUGUCUUAACUAAUAAUCAUGAAAAACCAUUUUCACAAAGAGUUACAUUAAUGCUUGAUAUUGAAGAAAAAUAUGUUAAUCAAAAUGAAAAAUGUCAUGCUUUUGGAAAUUUAAGAAGUGUACAUAGAUUUAAGGUGCCUUUUCAAUUUAAAUAUUCUGAUUUAAUUAACAGUAGAACAUAUAACUUAAAAAAAAUUACAAAUAAUAAAUAUUCAAAGUCCUUUAGUUCUAUCUAUAAUGAAUUACAAAAUAAUAAAUCUUUACAAUCAGGGAUAUUAAAUUAUGAAUCUAUUAUUAACGAGAAAAAUUCGAAUUAUGAAUAUAAAAACAUUUAUGCUAAAACAACACAUCGUGUUCAUGUUUGGUUCUUAAUGUUUGAUGAUUGUUAUGAUAAUUUUAUUCGUAAUUUGAAAUUAAAUAUAAAAACUAAAAUAGCAUAUUGGGAAUAUCUAUUAAAUGCAUCAGAAAGAAAAGACAUUUCACAUUUAUCAGCUUUACAAUCAAAUGAUGGAAAUAGGGAUAAUGAUUAUGAUGAUUACGAUGAUGAUACAAAAUAUUAUAAAACAUAUAAUUUUGAUAAAAAUACACUUUUAGAAAAUCCGAAAAGACUUUUAUUUAUAGAAAAUAGCUUCACACAAGGAGAAAGAGAAGACAUUUCUUUUUUCCUUAAAUAUCACGAUUUUAAAAAAAUGAAAAAUUUUACUAAUAUGUAUAAUAAUUUAUAUAAAAAUGGAUUUUAUGAACAAGUAAUUGAUUAUAUAUAUGAAAAUGAAGGAUUCAAUAUAGAAUAUGAAGUAAAUAUACUACAAACAAAUAAUUCGCAUUUUUCUUAUGAGUUAUUGCAUUCACCCCUUUUUACGAGCAUAUUAACUCUUUUAUAUAUUUAUCUCAUUUACCAAUAUGGAGAAAAAAUUUUUAAAAAUAUUUCAUCAAAACAAAACAAGCACGUAAUGGUUGUAUGUUUAGCAUUUGUAAUAUUAAUACAAUUGAUAUCGAACUUUUUAUUAUUUAUACAUUUAUUAGUUUAUUCACAAAAUGGUAUUGGAAUUGAGCUUUUUAAACUUACAUUCAAUAUACUCAACUUUUUAGUACAAAUUAUCAUGUGUACUAUGUUACUUUCACUAAGCUAUGGUAUAACAAUUGUUGAGGCCAAAAUUAACAACUUUACAAAAAUAAAAAUCAUAUUUUUUGUUAUUACCUUUUUCCACAUCAUUUUAGUCAUAUUCGACAACACAUAUAUCAAGGAUUCGUCAUCAAAAUACUUUGACAAUGAUAACAUAACUGGUUACAUAAUACUAGCUUUAAGAAUAUUACUAGCAAUUGUAUAUCAUAUAAAUUUAAGUAAACUAUAUAAGGUCACUAAUCAACAGAAGAUUGCAACAUUUUUACAAAAAUUAUAUAUAUGUGGCUUAUUUUACAUACUUUCGUUUCCAAUAAUUUUUAUGAUAUGCUAUAUAUUUGAUACAUACUGGAGACAAAGGUUUAUGUUAUUUGGAACGGCAUUUUUACAAUAUGUUUCUAUAUAUUUUAUUACAAAAAUGUUUUUAACAAAUUCAGAAUAUUUUAAAGUUUCCGAUAUGUCAGCAAGUGAUCUUCCUGGAGCAACGUCCAGUUUAUUUAAUCAAAAGGCCCAUGCCCAUUAA